AACACCAUGAAGAGCCCUACGUUUUUUGGUCUUUUGCUCGUCGUACUCCUCGGAGCGGCCGUCGCGUUUAUCCGUCCGGCCCAGCCUGUGCAGCUUGCGUCUACUCCAUUCCUCGGAGAAACGGGCCUCGAUAACCCCAUGGUGGCCUCCGAUCCGUCGAUCCAUCCCGCCCGCAAAUGCGGUUUCUGCAUGGGAUGAUCCGGCCAGACGAAUUGUCCAGUUUCGGGCUUGUAGAGCUUUUUUCUAAUCGAAUGCAUAACUAGACGAUGCCUGGGUAACGCUGCAUAGGAGAGGUGUCGUGCGUUUCAAUCAUUCGCGUGACAGAGAGCAGCUGAUCCUUGUGUGCCGUCUCGUGCUGGAUAGAGGAUCUGGGCAAGGUAAUGGUGGAGGAUCGAGUCAAACAGACCCCUAGGAGAGGACGGGGAAGUUCCUUUUCACGGAAUGACGUCCUGUCGUUUGCAAGUAAAACGGCAAGGAUUGAAUACGCAAAAAAGGCACCUCGUUGCGAACCAAGAGUGACGUUUUACUCAGUGGAGGUAGCAGAAUGAGCUAGAACACGAUAGCAGGUAGAUGAGUGGUUGCUUUAGGUCGACACCGCUUUGACAGUGAAUAAUCUAAUCUAGCUCAUAGUGUUGGGAC